CAGCGCCAGUGCAUCUGAGAGCCUCCUUGAUCGCCUGUGUCUUGAGCUGCCAAUCCUCUCUGUACGUCUCAGAUUGAGAUUUCACAGCCAGUUGAAGUCUCCAGAAGCCUUCGCCACCAUCACCCCGCCACCUCUCACUUUCUCUGGAGCUCGGCUCGGUUAUUCUUAGCUCAGCUGCGAGAGACUGUCCUUCCGGUCCCUCUCUUAUUUAUCCCAGUUUCUUGAAUAUUUAAUGGAAAAUGGCGAUCUGCACUCAGUCGUACGGUAUCUUCUGUCUCUUCUCAAUCCAAACUGUCCUUAUCAUAUGCGUCUCCACGCCGACCACCGGGACCCACCUCUUCCCUCAGCACUACACGAUGAUGCACUGGGCCGGGCGCAUUGAGAAGGAGCUGGAAAAGGUUCUGCAGCACGUCACCGGAACACAGCAGAUGAGAUUUAUUUAUAAUGAGAAGAAGAGCCAGUUUGAAAUCAAGAGAAACAACCCCAAGGACCUGGUGGAGAGAGUGGCACGAGACAUCUCCAAAUUGCUCAACAGUAAAAGGAAAGCUCUGGAGAAACUGGCCCGGGAGGCGGAGCAGCUUCAGAAGGAGCAUGUAUGGCAGGACGGUGUGAAGGAGAGUGACAUUUCAUACUACGAUUCGAAAGCGGAUUCGGACUAUACUGAAGAUGGAGAUGAGGAGAACCUGCUGGAGAACCCAUUCUCUCUGGAGCUGGAGUUCAUGGAUGAUGCCAACUUCAAAAACAAGGUCAACUACUCCUCCAGUGCCGUGCAGAUUCCCACGGACAUAUACAAAGGCUCCCCAGUCAUCUUAAACGAGCUGAACUGGACCCAGGCGCUGGAGAGGGUCUUCAUCGAUAACCGUCGUGAGGACAGCUCCCUGCGCUGGCAGGUGUUUGGCAGUGCCACAGGAGUGACAAGAUACUACCCAGCCACUCCAUGGAGGGCACCCAACAAGAUUGACCUGUAUGACGUCCGUAGAAGACCAUGGUACAUCCAAGGAGCGUCAUCUCCAAAGGAUAUGGUCAUCAUCGUGGAUGUGAGUGGAAGUGUCAGUGGACUCACCCUGAAGCUGAUGAAGACCUCAGUCGUAGAGAUGCUGGACACGCUGUCAGAUGAUGACUAUGUGAAUGUGGCCAGGUUCAAUGAGAAAGCGGAUGCUGUCGUUCCUUGCUUCAAGACCUUGGUCCAAGCCAACGUUCGCAACAAGAAGAUCUUCAAGGAGGCGGUCCAGCAUAUGCAAGCCAAAGGAACCACAGAUUACAAGUCUGGCUUCACGUUUGCCUUUGAACAGCUCCUAAAUGAGAGCAGUGCCCCGAGGGCCAACUGCAAUAAGAUGAUAAUGAUGUUUACAGAUGGUGGGGAGGAUCGUGCACAGGACAUCUUUGAGAAGUACAACUGGCCCAACAAAACGGUCCGUGUGUUCACCUUCUCUGUUGGCCAGCACAACUACGAUGUUACCCCUUUGCAGUGGAUAGCUUGUGCCAAUAAAGGUUACUACUUUGAAAUCCCAUCGAUUGGCGCCAUCAGAAUCAACACCCAGGAGUAUCUGGAUGUCCUGGGUCGUCCCAUGGUGCUGGCUGGGCCUAGAGCCAAGCAGGUCCAGUGGACAAAUGUCUACCAAGACGCUCUGGGUUUGGGUCUCGUCAUCACUGGGACAAUGCCAGUCUUCAACCUCACUGCUGAUGGGGGCAACUCUCAGAACCAGCUCAUCCUUGGAGUCAUGGGAGUGGAUAUUGCAAUCAGCGAAAUCAAAAAGAAGACACCGACGUAUAGACUUGGAGCCAAUGGUUACACCUUUGCCAUUGACCCAAAUGGUUAUGUGCUGCUGCAUCCCAACCUACAGCCUAAGAUCAUUAACUUCAGGGAGCCCGUCACUCUGGACUUUCUGGACGCAGAGCUGGAGGACAGCAACAAGGAGGAGAUCCGUCGACAGAUGAUUGAUGGCAAACCAGGGCAAAGGAAAAUCAAGACGCUCAUUAAGUCAGUUGAUGAGAGGUACAUCGACGAGGCCAUCCGCACAUACACGUGGACACCUGUGGAGGGCACCGACUACAGUCUAGGUUUGGUACUGCCCACAUACAGUGAGAACCACAUCAAGGCCAACCUGAGCGACCAGAUCCUUCAGGUGCAGUAUUUUGAAUCACUGCUGCCAAACAGUUUUGAGUCCGAAGGACAUGUAUUCAUAGCUCCCAGGGAAUACUGCAAUGAUCUGGAACUGUCCAACAACAACACCGAGUUCCUGCUGAACUUCAUUGCUCUCAUGGAGAAGGUGACACCUGACUCCAAACAAUGUGACAAUCUGCUCCUUCACAACUUGAUUCUGGACACUGGCAUCAUCAGACAACUGGUGGAGAAAGUGUGGAAGAAUAAAGACUUGAAUACGUACGGCUUUCUGGCUGUGUUUGCUGCAACAGAUGGAGGUAUCACAAGAGUGUUUCCCAACAAGGCUGCAGAGACCUGGGAGGAAGACCCUGAGCCGUUUAAUGCCAGCUAUUACCGCCGCAGUCUGGACAACAAAGGCUACAUUUUUCGAGCGCCUUAUCGAACAGCUAGAGACGAGCUGCUGAACCCGGAGAAUGACACCAUAGGGAUCCUGGUUAGCACCGCUGUGGAGAUCACAGUGGGAGGGAAGACCAUCAAACCAGCAGUGGUUGGAGUGAAACUAGACCUUGAAGCCUGGGUGGACAAGUUCAAGAUUCUCGCAAGCAACCAUACAGACAACCGUCAAGGCUCAAACACGUGUGGACCAAACAGUGGCUGUGAGAUGGACUGCGAAGCUAACAGCGAUGAUCUUCUGUGCUAUUUGAUAGAUGACGGUGGAUUCCUAAUCAUGUCCAAUCAGAAAGACGACUGGAACAAGGUGGGCAUGUUCUUCAGCGACGUGGACCCCUACCUGAUGUACGCUCUCUACAACAACUCCUUCUACAACCGCAAGCAGUCGUUUGACUACCAGUCUGUGUGUGAACGUGUGCCGAACAGCGAAGCGGGCGCCGCACCCAGAGGAGUGUUUGUGCCCACCAUUGCAGACUUUGUAAAUCUGGCUUGGUGGACAUCAGCAGCUGCAUGGUCCUUGUUCCAGCAGCUCAUAUAUGGAAUGGCUUAUCACAGUUGGUUCAUCACAGAUGAAGUGGAUGCAGAGGGUUUCGACUCCAAAGAGAGGAGUUGUGUGAUGAUACAAACCCAGUACUACUUCAGUAACAUCAGCAGCUCCUACAACAUGCUGCAAGAUUGCGGCAACUGCUCCAGGCUGAUUCAUGCCAAGAGGAUAAACAACACCAACUUGCUGUUUGUGGUGGCAGAGAAGAUACCCUGCAACACCUGCGAGAUAGAGAAGCUGUCCCAGGAGGAGGAGGAGUUCAAGGAAGAUAAUCCUUGUGAAGAAAUGAAUGUGGCGCGCUAUCGAAAAGGACCCUCCACCUGUUUUGACAACAACCACACUGAGAACACGUCAGACUGCGGACGGGGCCACUCCUUCCGGCCCUCCCUCUACACCGUACUGGCCCUUCAGCUGGUUCUACUCUAUCCCGUCGCCAGCCCCUAUCUUCUGUCUCUACUACAUUAACUCCAUUUCCUCCACUUAUCCCAGCCGUUUAGCCCCGCCCACCCCAAGCUUCUUACUCAUCCAAACCCUCCUCCUCCUCCUCCUCCUCUUCUUCUUCGCCCCUAUGCCCUACUCCUGAUAUAGUCAUAGGUAAUAAUGGGACUUCCCAUCGCGUCAAGUCGGAAGCCCUGAGUACCGCGCUACCCAGCUCGCUUCAGUUCUUGUUGCUUAGCGACAGCUGCGGGACGAUCCUGUCCUCAGCCAGUUACCCUCAUCUACAUGAAGAGUGGGUGGUGCCGGACCACCUGGAUCAUCAGAGGCCAUGUCAGAAGAGAGAAGAAAAAAAAUAAAUAAAAACCCCACGACCUCCGCCGCCGCCGCCGCCUCCACCAUCACCGGGAGGGAGGGAACAGGACGGGUUGAUUUCCCUGUCCCAGACCUCCUGCCACAUCCGGACUGGAGAGUUUAGGCUGUCUGUCCACCUUUGCCUCUGUUUGUCAGACAGAUGGCGGGACUUGGCAUCCCUCGCUCUCUCCCUCAUCUCAGAGUCUCACCACUCUGUCAUUCGCCUCUCAUAAGGGGCUAUGGACCAUUCAGCCAGUUAUAGCCACCAUAAAAAAAAAAAAUACAUAAAAGAAAAAAAUAACUUUCAGCUAUACAAAAUGUCAAGUAUAAACUGCUGAAGUGAUGAGUAUUCCAAACAUAUAUUUAGGUUGAAAAGGAAGUUGUUAGGUGUUAACUAAAAAAAAAAAAAAAUACAUGAAUUAAUUUAUGCACUAUAUCUACUUCUUGCCAAAAUGAGAUAGACUUUCAUGUGGUCUUAUUUUUAUAGCCAAAUUAGCAAGAGGAAAAAAGGCUUCUGAUUAAGAAUUAGGAUAAACUGCGGGAGGAGGAGACAGAAACUGAAUGCUGAUUUAUCUUGUACAGCUCUCGUGUCCCAAAUUUAAUUACAGGUUCAUGCCUUUCAGAAGACGGCCCAUUGAGAUUAUUGCCGUUCUGUGAUGGUAAUCUCAAUUUCAUCCAGUAUUUUUUUUUCUGGUAUUUGUUUCUUAAAGGUUACCGUGAUCUGGCCCACUCACCAGUGUAGGAUAAUGGAGCAUGUGUGAGAGCUGCUGUAAAAUAUGAAUCAGCACUCGGUUGCUGCUCAUUUGGUCAGAAGCAUCGUUGCUGUCGUGUAGUAUUCUCCUUUAUGAUCAACAGACCAUUCAGACCUCUGGUUUGGACUGAUGUAUAAACACUUGUGCUCUCUGAUGCGAAAACUCACCUCUGCCAAUCCUCAUGAGGCUUCUCCAGUAACCUCUACUAAUGUUCCUAAUCACUUAUUUGUAUGUGCUUUACUUCUGUAUACACAACAGACAUACCGAUAUCUCUGCCUCAUGACCGUCUCAUAGUAGUUCCAGGUGGGUUUUUGGCAAAUUCUUUAAGCUUGUAUUACCUUUGACUGAUGCUGUUCAAACUUCAGACCAUUCGCUGCUGGGGGAUAGGGGCUUAUCAACAUUUCGAACAAAACAGAAGUGCAGAAGAGGCCACUAAAUAUGGUGAUCACAUUGCAGUCUGGUUGUAAUCUGUUACAGUACAUGUUAUUUUGGUCAAUAUGAUGUGAAAUGUCAUUUAGACUCCCAUGUUUAGGAGCCACUCUCUGUUUCAUAGUGCCUUGAUGCACUUUGUUUUGGAAUGCAUUGGCUGUGUACAGUAGAGCUACUGUAUAGUACCUUUAUAGAGCAGCCAUCUUGUAGGCUUUGGAUAAUGCAGGAUCCUGAUAAAAGUCAGCUUAUUGGCUAUAGAGAUAGCUUUAUACAGAGCCGCCCUGCUGGCUCUCGCUUAAUGUAGUCACCCACAUGGCUGUGGUCACUGUACCCUUCCAGAGCUACCUGACUGCCAUCAUAUGGAGUUACUAUACCGUUCCUUUACAAAGCCAUGUAUAGAGCUAUGAUACACUAUAAGUAUAAAGCAACUUAACUGGCCAUAGAACGUUUAUAGGGCCACCUGACUGCUAUAAUUGCGUUUCUGCCUGAAUUGUAUGUGCGUUUGUUUGUGUUCGUGCGUGGAUGUGUGUGUUCAUUUGAGUUACACCCUCAGAGGGAAUGUCUUUUAAACGAGUGGAGUGUGUGAGGAAUGGCAGUUGUGGUAGCACCGCUGUUUUCUUGUUCCUGUGUUGCAAUGGACAAAAUGUAAUUCAACAUCGUUGUGCGGGGAGGAGAAAAAAAAAAGGUAUUUUACAGAUACAACACAAACAACAACAACAACAACAACAAAAUCAAGUCCAUCUUUAAUGAUCAGUCUGCGUAAAUAUUAUCCUGUGGGAGCAGUGCGGCCCCUGUGAUUCAGAGGUGUCUGAAAGAAUGUUUAGUAUGUCAGUGUUUUCUGUUUCAAAGGCAACAUAGUUACAAAGCCUCUCUAAAUGCCUUAGUGUUAUACAGUAUGGAGCUCUGAUUCAUUUUUCCUUCAUAUACACUGUACUAUCACUCUCUCUCUUACACGUAACACAUACACACACACAAAUGGAUCCUCCAAAAUAUUCCGCCCCCUGGGUUUUUUUUUUUUUUAUGUUCUGGAGAAAGCAUAGUGAGCUCUAGUUUUGUAUUUUACAUCUUGGAAUGAUAGUUCCUGAUUGAUGCCUGUUUGAUUAAUGCUUGAAGUGGUGGGCGUUUUAAAUUUCAAAAGCCUCCAAUCUUGAUUUUCACCCACCCGACCUCAUUGUAUUACUCAGGUGGGCGAAGUUACACGACAAUUUGAACCUUAAAUUACACCGUCUGUACAGAAUCCUUGAUACUAUUUGAUAAGACAAACAUGCUGGCAUAGUAACUGCAGCACAGCUCCCCCCUUCAAAAACAAAACAAA